AUGUCCUCUUCAAUACUUUCCUUACACCGCACAAAAAAAACUUGCUUUUACCAGGUUGUUUCAGGAUCGCAUGGUGUGGGUAAAUCGACCAUUGUUUGUCAAGCAGCGAAGGAAGUCGGUCGUGGAGUGAUUUAUAUCGACAUACCUGCUAAUGUUACAAAAUUCGGUGAUGAUGCAAAAUGGAUAAGAGCUCUAGAUCGUUUUAAGUGUGGUGCUAAGGCUUAUUUGAAGGCUUACGGAAAGCCUGCUGUUAUUGUCUAUGAUAAUGUUAGCCGUUUAGCUCGUGAAGCCCCCGAAUUACUAGACAUACUCCAGGAUGAUGCCAAAGAUAAUGCUGAUAAAUCAAGUUAUAUUUCUUUAUUUGUGACCAGUGAGGGGACUGUGCCUAUUAGGAUGCAAG